ACCUCCGACGCCACCAUGCAGCGCCCGAGCCCCCGCCUGUGGCUGGUCCUGCAGGUGAUGGGGUCGUGCGCGGCUAUCAGCUCCAUGGACAUGGAGCGUCCGGGCGACGGCAAGUGCCAGCCCAUCGAGAUACCGAUGUGCAAGGACAUCGGCUACAACAUGACCCGCAUGCCCAACCUGAUGGGCCACGAGAACCAGCGCGAGGCCGCCAUCCAGCUGCACGAGUUCGCGCCGCUGGUGGAGUACGGCUGCCACGGCCAUCUCCGCUUCUUCCUGUGCUCGCUGUACGCGCCCAUGUGCACCGAGCAAGUCUCCACCCCUAUCCCCGCCUGCCGGGUCAUGUGCGAGCAGGCCCGGCUCAAAUGCUCCCCGAUCAUGGAGCAGUUCAACUUCAAGUGGCCCGACUCCCUGGACUGCAGCAAACUCCCCAACAAGAACGACCCCAACUACCUGUGCAUGGAGGCGCCCAACAACGGCUCGGACGAGCCCACGCGGGGCUUUGGUAUGUUCCCUCCGCUCUUCCGGCCGCAGCGGCCGCACAGCUCGCAGGAGCAGCAGCUCAAGGACGGGGCGUCCGCGCGCGCUGGCUGCGACAACCCCGGCAAGUUCCACCAUGUGGAGAAGAGCGCGUCGUGCGCGCCGCUCUGCACGCCCGGCGUGGACGUGUACUGGAGUCGCGACGACAAGCGCUUCGCCGUGGUCUGGCUGGCUGUCUGGUCCGUGCUCUGCUUUUUCUCCAGCGCCUUCACGGUGCUCACCUUCCUCAUCGACCCUCAUCGCUUCAGGUACCCCGAGCGCCCCAUCAUCUUCCUGUCCAUGUGCUACUGCGUCUACUCGGUGGGCUACAUCAUCCGCCUCUUUGCGGGCGCAGAGAGCAUCGCCUGCGACCGGGACAGCGGGCAGCUCUAUGUCAUCCAGGAGGGCCUGGAGAGCACCGGCUGCACGCUGGUGUUCCUGGUUCUCUACUACUUUGGCAUGGCCAGCUCGCUCUGGUGGGUCAUCCUCACGCUCACCUGGUUCUUGGCGGCCGGCAAGAAGUGGGGCCACGAGGCCAUCGAGGCCAACAGCAGCUACUUCCAUCUGGCGGCCUGGGCCGUCCCCGCGGUGAAGACCAUCCUGAUCCUGGUGAUGCGCAGGGUGGCGGGGGACGAGCUCACCGGCGUGUGCUACGUGGGCAGCAUGGACGUCAACGCCCUCACCGGCUUCGUGCUCAUCCCCCUGGCCUGCUACCUCAUCAUCGGCACCUCCUUCAUUCUCUCGGGCUUCGUGGCCCUCUUCCACAUCCGGAGGGUGAUGAAGACGGGCGGGGAGAACACGGACAAGCUGGAGAAACUCAUGGUGCGCAUCGGAGUCUUCUCCGUGCUCUACACGGUGCCGGCCACCUGUGUGAUCGCCUGCUACUUCUACGAACGCCUCAACAUGGAUUACUGGAAAGUCCUAGCCACGCAGCACAAGUGCAGAGUGAACAACCAGACCAAGAACGUGGACUGCCUGAUGGCCGCCUCCAUCCCCGCCGUGGAGAUCUUCAUGGUGAAGGUGUUCAUGCUGCUGGUUGUGGGUAUCACCAGCGGUAUGUGGAUCUGGACCUCAAAGACUCUGCAGUCCUGGCAGAGCGUCUGCAGCCGUAGGCUGAAGAAGAAGAGCAGGCGGAAACCCGCCAGCGUGGUCACCAGCAGUGGGAUUUACAAAAAAGCCCAGCACCCGCAAAAAACCCAUCACGGGAAAUACGAAAUCCCCGCCCCGCCUCCCACCUGUGUGUGAGCAAGCAGGAGGAAGGCGGCCGGGAAAACUUCCCCGAGAGGAUUCAGUGGCGCCCAGAGC